AUGAAGUGGUUGUGCUCCACCGCGCUGAUCUCGCUUUUUGCGACGACAGCAACGAGUUGGCCUUAUGACGAGAACUUCCUUGACUACAACCUGAACACAAACAAGCAAGCAACAAAUCCCGCAGAAUAUGAUGGAACGUGGGAUGGCCACGAAGGGAAAUAUAAUCCUUCUCCCGAUAACUGGCGUUUCCCGUUCUAUACUCUGUUCUUGGAUCGGUUUGUCAACGGCAAUCCUGAGAACGAUAACAUCAACGGCACGUUGUUCGAGCAUGACCUGAAUUCGAACCAAAUGCGCCAUGGUGGUGAUGUGGCUGGUUUGGUUGACACUCUGGAUUAUCUCCAGGGAAUGGGCAUUAAGGGUAUCUACAUCGCGGGAACUUCCCUUAUGAACCAGCCUUGGGGAUUUGACGGUUAUUCCGCCCUGGACACAACACUUUUGGAUCAACACUACGCUACAAUCUCGGAGUGGCGCGACGCCAUCACGGAAAUCCACAAACGCGGCAUGUACGUGUUGUUCGACAACACCAUCGCUACAAUGGGUGAUUUGCUCGGAUUCGAAGGCCACCUGAACAGCACGACUCCAUUUUCCGAAAAGGAAUAUAAAGUCCAGUGGAAGACCAAUCGCCAUUACGUUGACUUCGAAGUCGGAAACGACUACAAUGCCUCUUGCGACUACCCCCGGUUCUGGUUUGAGGAUGGAAAACCCGUCAAUGAAUCUAUGAUUGCCGAAUUGGUUGGUUGUUACAACAGUGACUUUGACCAGUACGGCGAUAUUGAAGCCUUUGGUGUUUGGCCCGAUUGGAAGCGCCAGCUGGCCAAGUUCGCCUCAGUUCAAGAUCGUCUCCGUGAAUGGAAUCCUUCUGUUCGCGAGCGUCUGAUCCGUCACUCUUGUAUGAUCAUCAAGUCUCUUGACAUUGACGGUUUCCGUUACGAUAAGGCUACUCAAGCCACCGUGGAUGCCCUCGGCGACAUGUCUGAGGCUUACCGAGAGUGUGCCCGCGACGUCGGCAAGCAUAACUUCUUUAUUGCUGGUGAAAUUACUGGUGGCGAUACCUUCGGUUCCAUUUACCUUGGCCGUGGUAGACAGCCUAACCAAUACGCUUCUGAUGCACUGGCUACUAUGAAGUUGACAAAUGAGUCUGAUCCGCAAUAUUUUUUGCGUGAGGUCGGCAAGGAAGCUAUUGACGGUGCUGCUUUCCAUUACUCGACGUAUCGUACCCUGACUCGCUUCCUUGGUAUGGAUGGACAGCUUUCAGCUGGAUAUGAUGUGCCUGAGGACUGGGUCGAUGGGUGGAACACGAUGUUGCAAACGAACGACCUGAUCAACGCGAACACUGGUAAAUUUGAUCCUCGACACAUGUUUGGUGCUACCAACCAGGAUGUCUUCCGCUGGCCGGCAAUUCAAUAUGGUGUCGAGAGGCAACUGUUGGGCUCUUUUAUUACCACCUUGCUUCUUCCCGGAAUCCCACUUCUGCUCUGGGGUGAAGAGCAAGCCUUUUACGUCCUCGAUGCGACCGCGUCCAACUACAUCUACGGACGCCAAGCAAUGUCAGCAGCGACAGCCUGGAAGACCCAUGGCUGCUUCGCAUUGGACUCAUCGCAAUAUUACCAGUGGCCCCUCGAGAAAGCUCGGCAUGGCUGCGAGGACGAUGCUGUCGCUUACGACCACCGCGACCCAUCUCAUCCUCUGCACAACAUCUUCAAGCACAUGUAUCAAAUGCGUGAAAACUUCCCGGUGUUGAAUGACGGUUAUAGCAUCUCCCACCUCUCGAAGCAGACGGAACCGGUCCUGUACCCCGGUUCCAACACUACAACAACCGAGACGGGAAUGUGGUCUACUCUUCGCGAUGCCAACAGUGAGGUGCAGAACCUGACCGAUAGCCAAUCGAUUUGGUUCAUCUACCAGAAUGUCAACCGAACAAUGCACUGGACAUUUAACUGCAGCAGCACCGAUACGGAAAAGACAUUGAUUGCUCCUUUCGCAGCAAAAACCAAAGUCAAGAACCUGUUUUAUCCCUACGACGAGCUGACCCUGGAAGAAGGAUCAACUAAGCAGGGCCUCAAUGUAUCUACCGAGUUCAAUGGCUGUCUCUCCAAAUUGUCACUCGACAGGUAUGAAUUCCGUGCGUAUGUUCCGAUCGACAAGCACGUCAAGCCCCGACCCAUGGUCACUGCAUUCUACCCUGGUCAUGAUGUUCCGAUGCGCUCGACUGCGAAGCCCAAUUCAGAUGAAAGUAUCAAGGUCGCAUUCUACUACUCCGAGGAGAUGGAUUGUGACUCUAUCACCAAUAACCUGAGUUUCAACUCGUCCACCGAGUCCGGCAAAAUUCCCACGAUCCAGUCCGGUACCGUCAACUGCACGAAUAUUCCCACCACCGAGACAUCGUAUACUGGUCAGAUUCCGAGUGUUUGGAUGUGGUCUGCCAAUCUCACCGGUGUGUACAAUGGUGUCCACCGUUUGACUGUGAACAACGCAACCAACGCGGACAAGACUGCCUCCACAAACUCUGUCGACCACUUCCUUGUCCGCAUUGGUCAGAUUGAUAAUCCGAUGGUUUUCAGCACUGCCAAUUAUUCCAGCAGUUUGUUCCACAAGGACGACAAUGGCACUUUCUUUGUCCAGCACCACGCCGCAGGUGCCGACAAAUGGCGCUACUCUACCAACUGGGGAACAACCUUCUCCGGCUGGAAAACCUACAUGGGUGGUAAUGAUACCAUUGACGAGCUCGACUGGUCGGGAACCAAGAAGCAGAGAUGGAACGGUGACCACAUUCGUGUCGAGUACUGGAGCCGUUGGACUGGCAGCAGUGACUACGUGCAGCAAGGCGAUGUGGACACUGCCCAGACCCCCCGUCGUUUCCCUCAUCUCUUCUUUAACGGUCCUUACAACCAGUAUGGAUACGAUGCCGGUCUUAAGAAUGAGGUCGAGCUCAACAAGGAUACCGGAUACUGGAACUACCAUUUCACUUCUGAAUGGCCCGCAGUCGGACAGCUCAAUGUCUGGGGUAUCAACCCUGACGGCAAGCCUGAUCAGAGUAUGGUGCUUGGUGAUGCCGACGGUGACAGCAUUCUGGACCGCAUGCCGCCAUCUUCUCUUUCCGCUACUCUGAUCAACAUUACCAAGGCUCCCAUUGAUGGUCAUCUGGCAUGGAAGUUCUACAUCAACGAUGCCACUCUCAAGUACAACCUUAUCCCGGUUGGUGAUCAGAGAAUACAGAUCGCCAUGUUCGUCCUUUUCUGGAUCAUCCCUGUUCUUACCGGCUGUGGAUGCGUCUACAUCUUCAUGAAGUCUUUCUACAAGGUCAAGUUCAACCAGGUCGGUGUCAGCGAAAAGCACAGCCUGAUUCCUCUCGCCUUUUGGAAAAAGCUCAAGCCCUCUCGCAACAGAGAUCAGUCCUCGAACCCUCUCAUGCGCUUGGCGAACAAGUCCGGCUUCAUGCAGAGCACGACAGCCCUUGGCAGCCUUGCCGCCUCAGGAAAGCGCCGCAUGGUCCUGAUCGCGACUAUGGAGUACGAUAUUGAGGACUGGGCCAUCAAGAUUAAGAUCGGAGGUCUCGGUGUCAUGGCUCAACUCAUGGGUAAGACCCUCGGUCACCAAGACUUGAUCUGGGUUGUUCCUUGCGUAGGCGGUAUCGACUACCCCGUGGACCAGGUUGCGGAUCCCAUGGAAGUUACUAUCCUCGGCAGCGCAUACCAAGUCCAGGUCCAAUACCACGUCUUGAACAACAUUACCUAUGUCCUCCUUGAUGCUCCGGUGUUCCGCCAGCAGUCGAAGACCGAGCCCUACCCUGCUCGUAUGGAUGAUCUGGACAGUGCCGUUUACUACUCAGCUUGGAACCAAUGUAUUGCGGAGGCUAUCAAGCGUUUCCCCAUUGACGCCUACCACAUUAACGAUUACCACGGAUCCCUGGCUCCUCUCUACCUCCUGCCAAACACCAUUCCCGCCUGUCUCUCUCUGCACAAUGCCGAGUUCCAGGGUCUCUGGCCCAUGCGAACCCUCAAGGAAAAGCAAGAGGUCUGCUCAGUUUUCAACCUCGACGAGGAUGUCGCUCGUCGGUACGUCCAAUUUGGUGAGGUGUUCAACUUGCUCCACGCCGGAGCUAGUUACCUCCGUGUUCACCAACAAGGUUUCGGUGCCGUCGGUGUGUCCAAGAAGUACGGAAAGCGUUCCUACGCCCGUUAUCCUAUCUUCUGGGGUCUGCGCAAGGUGGGCAAUCUGCCCAACCCCGAUCCCUCUGAUGUCGGCGAAUGGACCAAGGAGCCUACUAAGGACGAAGAUAUUACCGUGGACCCUACCUACGAGGCCGGCCGUGCUGAUCUCAAACGGCAAGCCCAGGAAUGGGCUGGACUAGACCUGAACCCGGAUGCCGAUCUGCUUGUCUUUGUUGGUCGUUGGUCUAUGCAAAAGGGUGUCGAUCUUAUCGCCGAUGCCAUGCCUGCCGUUCUCGAAGCCCGUCCUAACGUGCAGCUGGUCUGCAUUGGUCCCGUUAUUGAUCUCUACGGAAAGUUCGCCGCUCUCAAGCUUGACCACAUGAUGAAGGUUUAUCCCGGCCGUGUGUUCUCCAAGCCUGAGUUCACUGCUCUCCCGCCAUUUAUCUUCUCUGGUGCUGAGUUCGCCCUUAUCCCCUCCCGUGACGAGCCCUUCGGUCUGGUUGCCGUCGAGUUCGGUCGUAAGGGAGCUCUGGGUAUUGGUGCUCGUGUCGGUGGUCUCGGUCAAAUGCCUGGUUGGUGGUACAAUGUCGAGUCUAUCUCCACAUCCCAUCUGCUCGUUCAAUUCAAGCUCGCGAUUGAGGCUGCGCUGAACUCGAAGACGUCCACUCGUGCAAUGAUGCGUGCUCGAUCUGCUAAGCAGCGUUUCCCUGUUGCUCAAUGGGUCGAGGAUCUUGAAAUCCUUCAGUCUACUGCCAUUCAGGUUCACAACAAGGAAGCUGCCAAGGGCCACACUCGCCCCGGUACUUCAUCUGGCCACAGCACUAUCCACGGUUCUAUGACACCCCCUGCUCACGCAAUUAGCAACCCCAUGAAUGGCCUGCCUUCCCCCGGUCUUCCUCCUGGCUUCACCCAUUCUCGUGACAGCAGCUACUCUUUCAACCAGAUGAACGAUCUUGGCUCUCAGAACAAGGCCAUCUACAGCCCUGAGCCUAACGCCGACGACACCGAGAAGCCGAAGUCUGGAUUGAGCAGGUCUCUUUCCCUGGGUGUCCGCUCGGGUCCUGGUCACGCAGCUCGCCGCAGAGCCGCAGCUGCCGGAGAGGCUAUUCCGGAAAGCGAUGCUGAUGCCGAGGACAGCAGCGACGAGGACAUUUCUCACGUUGUCUAUGGUGAUGACGAGGAGUACACUCUUACUCCGGCUCAGGUUGAAGCCGAGCGCCGUGCCCAGGCCUCCCAGAGAGAGCGUGGUGGCGGUCUUGCUUCGCCUACCAGACGUCUCAGCCAGGAAUCCUUGCACCCCCGAUUUGCCCUGCCUCCUAGCAGUCCUGGAACUCCACCCACCGCAGAGAACCUUCUUCUGCCUCCUACUCCUUUCGGCGACUCCCAUCGUUACAGCAAUGCCUCCGUUCUUUCUCUCGACUCCGUUGUCGGGAAGAAGACUGAUUUCAAGUUGCAGAAGGUUGAUCCUUUCUUCACUGAUAGCACUGGCGAGUAUUACAGGACUUUUGAUAAGAGACUGGACAACCUCAACGGAUCCAACUCUGAGUCUCAGCUUUGUAUUGAAGAGUUCUUGAUCAAGAGUGAGCAGCAGUGGUUCGACAGAUUCCGCAACGCCAGACUGGGUCGCCACAACAAGUCUCCUACCCCCUCGAUCAUGCAAUCCCGAAAUGCCUCUCCUGUCUCAUUCUACGAUAACGACAUAGCAUCGCACCACAACGGUAGCGAGGAUAACAUCACCGAUGACGAGUUCCUUCUCGGAAAGGACUACGUUCCUCCUACCGGUCUCAAGAAAUGGAUGCAGAUCAAGCUGGGUGAUUGGCCCGUCUACUCCAUUUUCCUUGCUCUUGGUCAAAUCAUCGCUGCGAACUCCUACCAGAUCAACCUGCUCACUGGCGAAGUCGGUGAAACUGCAGAGAAACUGUACGGCAUUGCUACCACGUAUGCCAUCACGUCUAUGUGCUGGUGGCUCGUCUACCGCUACUUCAAGUCCGUUGUUUGUCUCUCCACUCCAUGGUUCCUCUACGCUACCGCUUUCCUCCUCAUUGGUUCUGCCCACUGGGUAUCCGACGAGUUCAGCCGUGGUUGGGUCCAAAAUGUCGGCAGUGGCUUCUACGCCGCGGCCUCGUCCAGUGGAUCUAUCUUCUUCGCCUCGAACUUCGGUGACGAAGGUGGUGCGCCCGUUGAAACCUGGAUCUUCCGCGCCUGUGUUAUUCAGGGUGUCCAGCAAGUCUACGUGAUUGGUCUCUGGUACUGGGGUUCGACUCUCACCAAAGCCUCUCAGGAGGGUGUCCUGUCCGAUAACACCCUCGCCAACAGCUGGAAGAUGACCGCCAUUUGUUAUCCAAUUGCGGGUUUCCUCUGCAUUGUCGGUCUGCUCCUCGCUUUGGGUCUCCCUAACUACUACCGCCAAAAGCCCGGCAAGGUUCCCUCUUUCUAUAAAUCCUUAUUCCGCCGCAAGAUCGUCACUUGGAACUUCGUCGCCGUCAUCCUGCAGAACUUCUUCCUCAGCGCUCCCUACGGUCGCAACUGGAGCUUCCUCUGGGGCUCCUCCCACACCCACGCCUGGCAAAUCGUCAUCCUCUGCAUCAUCUUCUUCGGCGUCGUCUGGUGCAUCUUCCUCUUCAUCGUCAGCAGGUUCUCCAAGCAACACAGUUGGUUCCUCCCCGUCUUCGCCUGCGGUCUCGGCGCACCACGAUUCAUCCAAAUCUGGUGGGGUAUCUCCGGCAUUGGCUACUACCUUCCCUGGGUAGCAGGCAGUUACACGGCCGGCGCCCUCGUGUCCCGCAGUAUCUGGCUCUGGCUGGGAGUCCUGGACUCCAUCCAAGGCCUGGGCUUCGGUAUCAUCCUGCUGCAGACCCUGACCCGAGUGCACAUGUGUUUCGCCCUCAUUGCCUCGCAGGUUCUUGGUUCCAUUGCGACUAUCUGCGCGAGAGCCUUCGGUCCUAACAAUACUGGACCGGGCCCUAUCUCGCCGGAUGUCACGCAGGGUGCUCAUGCCAUUGCUAAUGCUUGGUUCUGGGUUGCCCUGUUCUGUCAGUUGCUCAUUUGUGCUGGCUUCCUUCUCUUCUUCCGCAAGGAACAACUCGCGAAGCCUUAG